GGAUGGCUGGGCCGAUGUCAGAAGUUGUUACUUGUCAGCCCAUUUUUGUCUCGGGGGCCAUGAGCUGAUUAGUGGAUGUACGACUAUCUCCGGCGAAAUCAAAUUGGUGUUUUGAGAGUUUGAAAACUAGCAAUGCGCUUGAGAAGAUUACACAGCACCUGUUCGCGUUUACUACUGAAUGAACCGGCGAGCCAUCCCAAAGCAGAAUUACCACGCGCAAAAUUAACCGGCGGUAAACCACCGGUGAAGUCAGCAAAAGCCAGUAGCUCAGAUAUAGUGCAAUGGAACAGGUCUAUCACCCAAUACAUGCGACAAGGAGAAUGCGAUUCCGCAUUGACCUUAUUCAACUCUAUGCCUGCAAAGUCCUGUGUAUCCUGGAACGCAAUGCUUUCUGGGUAUUUGUUGAAUGGCAAAUUGGACCUUGCUCAGAAGCUGUUCGACGAAAUGCCUCAAAGAGAUUUAGUAUCCUGGAACAUCAUGCUUAGUGGGUAUAUCAAGAAUAAGAAUUUUGGUGCAGCUAGGAUUUUGUUUGAUCAAAUGCCUGUUAAAGAUGUAGUGUCGUGGAAUGCAUUGCUUUCCGGGUAUGCGCAGAAUGGGUACGUUGAUGAUGCUAGAAGGAUCUUUAUCAUGAUGCCUGUGAAGAAUGAGAUCUCUUGGAAUGGACUUCUCGCUACGUAUGUUCAGAAUGGAAGGAUUGAGGAGGCAAGGAAGUUGUUUGAGUCAAAGGAUAAUUGGCCGUUGGUUUCUUGGAAUUGCUUGUUGGGUGGGUAUUUGAGAAAGAAAAUGCUGGCUGAGGCAAAGGUGCUUUUCGAUAAAAUGCCUGUCAAGGAUCAAGUGUCAUGGAACACGAUAAUUUCUUGUUAUGCCCAGAAUGAUGAUUUGGAGGAAGCCAGGAGGUUAUUCGAUGAGUCCCCUAUUAAGGAUGUUUUUACCUGGACAUCAUUGCUUUCUGGUUAUGUACAGAAUAGGAUGGUAGAUGAGGCUAGGAGGAUCUUCGAUGAGAUGCCAGAGCAGAAUGAGGUUUCAUGGAAUGCAAUGAUUGCAGGAUAUGUGCAGUCUAAAAGGAUGGACUUGGCGAGGGAAUUCUUUGAGGCAAUGCCUUGUAAAAACAUCGGCUCUUGGAAUACAAUGAUAACAGGUUAUGCUCAAAUUGGGGAUAUAACUCAUGCCAGAAGUUUGUUCGAUUGUAUGCCUAACCGUGAUUGCAUCUCUUGGGCAGCAAUUAUUGCUGGGUAUGCUCAAAGUGGCAACAGUGAGGAGGCAUUACGCAUGUUUGUUCAAAUGAAGAGAGAUGGUGGGAGGAUAAAUAGGUCGGCGUUUACUUGUGUUUUGAGUACAUCUGCUGACAUUGCUGCAUUUGAGUUUGGAAAGCAAAUACAUGGUCGACUUGUCAAGGCUGGAUAUCACAGUGGGUGCUAUGUCGGAAAUGCACUCCUAUCAAUGUACUGUAAGUGUGGAAGUAUUGACGAGGCAUAUGAUGUGUUCGAGGAGAUAGCGGAGAAGGAUGCUGUCUCUUGGAACACAAUGAUCAUCGGUUAUGCAAGGCAUGGAUUUGGCAAACAAGCUCUUAGACAAUUCGAAUUAAUGAAAGAAGCGGGUAUCAGACCUGAUGAUGUCACCAUGGUUGGUGUAUUAUCUGCUUGUGGCCAUACCGGCUUGAUUGACAAAGGCAUGGAACACUUUUACUCGAUGGCUCGAGAUUAUGGAAUAGUUACAAAUCCCAGGCAUUAUACUUGCAUGAUUGACCUUCUGGGUCGAGCUGGGCGACUGGAUGAUGCUCAAAAUCUAAUGAAGGACAUGCCUAGUGAACCAGAUGCUGCAACCUGGGGUGCUCUCCUGGGGGCAAGUAGGAUUCACGGAAACACUGAAUUAGGAGAAAAGGCUGCUGAAAUGAUUUUCAGAUUAGAGCCUUGGAAUGCCGGGAUGUAUGUCCUUCUCUCAAAUUUAUAUGCAGCCUCUGGCAGAUGGCGUGACGUUAGCAAGAUGAGAUUAAAAAUGAGGGACACAGGAGUAAGGAAAAUGCCUGGUUACAGCUGGGUUGAGGUGCAAAAUCAGAUACAUCUUUUUUCAGUUGGGGAUACCAUGCAUCCAGACAGCACGAGAAUAUAUGCUUUCUUGGAAGAGUUAGAAUUAUUAAUGAAGCAGGAAGGUUAUGUCUCUGCCACGAAAUUGGUCCUGCAUGAUGUGGAUGAGGAGGAGAAGGCACACAUGCUCAAGUAUCACAGCGAAAAAUUAGCGGUUGCCUUUGCAAUUCUAAAUGUACCAUCUGGGAGACCAAUUCGUGUGAUGAAAAAUUUAAGGGUUUGUGGAGAUUGUCAUACAGCAAUCAAACUCAUAUCGAAGAUUGUGGGUAGAUUAAUUAUUGUUCGGGAUAGUAACCGUUUUCAUCACUUCAGUGAAGGUGUUUGUACUUGUGGAGACUAUUGGUAACGCUAGAGAGUAGAGUGUGAAAGUAUACUUAGCUAUUGUGCUGGUCAUCUCCAUAAGUGUUGAGGAUUUGCACACAUGGAAGCAAAGCACAGAAGAGGGAUAAGUGGAUAAUCCCUUUCUUGUUGUUUGGUGAAUUUGGCGCGUAUAAUCUGUGAUCUCCUCAUUAAUAUUGGUAAAAAGGAUAUAUGCUGAGAUGUAUCAUCCAUAAUUGUUGCACUUACGCACCCACCCUAUAACAAAAGGAAGAGAAAUAGUUUCCUCAAGUUUCUCAGAGAUCUGAUAAUCAGAAUAGAGUGCCGUGAAUUUGUAGGUGGGGUUUAGCAGUUGUGCCUCUUAAAAUAAAUAAAAUUAUCACUUCAGGAGUACUUUGGUCCUCUGUUAUCUGGCGAGAGAUUCUUGAUUGGCUCCUUCAACCUGUCUGGCCUAAACGCAUGACAGUGACUGUUUGUUGGGUAUCAUAAAUCUGCUCUACCCUAAGCUCACUGACUGAUUUCCUGCUUCUUUGAGUCCCAGUAGCUAAGCGGUAGUGAUACUAUUGUGGCCCUCAGCAUUUACACAUAGUUGAACUCUCCUCAAAAUCUGCUAUCUAUCUGCAGCCACGAGAAAAAUCAUCCUUCUCUUGAUAUGGUGAAGAUUACAUGUAUUGGAUGGCUAGACAAUCACCAAACUCACUUGUAGUUGGUACUGGUAUCCUUCUGAGUUUUGAGAGCUAAAGGAAGAAAGCCUCUUGGUUGAGAGUGCAUGAGAACUGCGAAGGAGAGAAUCAUUUUUGUACAAUAACUCUCUUGGUUGAGAGGGUUUAAAAUGCAAAGACGAUGACAACAACAAUAACAAAGUCAACAACAAUACCUAGUAAUAACCCAUCAAAAUGGGGUUUUGGGAUGAGUAGAGUGUAAAUAAACCUUAUCAUUAUUUCGUAAAGGUAGAGAGGUUGUUUAUGAAAACACUUGGCUCCAGUGUAGCAAAUCUAAUACAGAGAAGAGAACAAUAUAGAAACUUUUUUGGCAUUAUAUCAAAAUACUGUAACAUCCCAUUCAAACUA